CUGCAAGACCAUUCAAGUGUCGCGAUUGACGAUGAUAUUUUUGGUCUUGCCAAAAACGUAUUUUUCGUCACACGCAACUCCAAGGAGGUUUUAGAUGAAGGCCUGGAGAACAAGAGGAAAAUGGUGCUGGAAGCCGAGUUUUUAUUGGCUUUUUGCAGGUACCUUCUCUUGCAAGGAUACCAGCAUGAACAAAUUCUUAUUCUGACGACGUGUUCAGAACAGCUGCACAUCUUCAAGAAGUUCAUCACCAGCAGCUUCCCAACGUGUGCAAAGGUUCGAAUCACAUCCACCGAGGAUUACGAAGGCGAGGAGAGUGAUAUUAUCCUUCUGUCACUUAUGACGAUGGUCAAGUUGAAAGGCAGUAGCAGCUCUUCAAAGACUGACAGUCAAGAUGUCGCUGCCAUUUCACGUGCCAAAAAAGGAAUAUUCAUGAUUGGAAACAUGGAUGUGCUGAGUUCUGGAAGCGUAAUUUGGAGAAAGAUUGAGCAAGUCUUGUUGAAAGAGAAUCAGAUUGGAAGAGCGCUCCCACUACGAUGUCAAAACCACCCUGAUGAGGUUGUCUUCAUUCUUGAACCUAAUAAAUUUCCCGUCAGUGGAGGUUGCGAUAGAGUAAAAUGCAAGGCGAAGUGCUCGAUCAGGCUACAAUGUGGACAUGCGUGCGAAAAAUUCUGCCAUGUGGAAGAUGACCCGAAGCAUUUUUUAUCCAAGUGUUGGAAGCCUUGUGGAAAAUCGUGUUCCAGGGAACAUCCAUGUGCAGGAUUUUGUUAUGAAGAUCCUUGUCCUCCAUGCGACGAAGUAUUGGAUGUAACAUUACCAUGCGGUCAUCUCGUGAGAACAUUUUGUCACGUGGAAGAAGAUGUUUUGGAAUGCGAAGCUAAGGUGUGGACAUCAAGAAAGACUGCCGUGUCACAUUGCAACGAGCAGCCUCCGAUUGAGAAAUGCCCAAGCGGUUGUCGCCACAAGCCGUGCAAGCGUAAAUGCUCCGAGGAUUGCGGCAGAGGGGAAAAUAAAUGCAACGAACCGUGUGAAAAAGUACUGGAUUGUCAGCACAAAUGCGUUGGAUUUUGCGGAGAAAUCUGCCCGCCCUGUCGAGAAUGCACAAAAGAUGCAGUGGAAUUUUUUGACUCGACAACAAACAGCGUUAGCGACAAACCGGAUGUCAAAUUUGUCCUGCUUGAUAAAUGCAAUCACGUGCUUGAAGCUGAUGGAUUGGACAAGUGGAUGCAAAUGCAAUUGGAAAUCCCUGGACCGAGGGUUUGUCCGCGGUGCAAAACUCCAAUUUUUUAUUCCCAUCGAUACAAAGAGGAAGUCGAUUCCGCUCUUCGGGACGUGACGGCAGAAAAGGAAAGAUUCUUCGACAAGGAUCACGAUGUUUCGAAAAUAUACGCGAAGUUGACGGAUAAGACGGAGUCUUCACCUGCGCAGAUGAUCGAAAAAGUUUUUGCGGAGGGAUCGUUCAUUUCUGAAUUUCUGGACGAGAUUCUGUAUCAGCAAGAAGAAAAAUCCAAGCCAUGUUCUGAUAAAGAGGAAGAAUCUCACGAACUGUCGAAAGGAAAAGAAGAAGAAUCUAACGAGCUGUCGAAAGAAGAGGAAGAACCCAAAAAGGCGUUCAAAACGUUGAACUGGACGGAAUUCAACAGUAUCUCAAACCGUGUAAAUCUCAUCGGAGCAUUGGCCGCUUUGAUUUUGAAAUCAAAGGAAGAAAACAUAUUUUCGUCUAACUUCAUAAAUCGGUUUGAAUGGAAGGUUUGCAAGUUGGCAAAAUUGGUGAUGCUGAGAAAGCACAACUUGAACGAACCGGAAUUGGAGGUCUUCAUGGGAGAAAUCCAGCGUUUUUGUGACUUAGCUAAGCUGGAAACUAUACGUACACAUACGCAGUCCUGCGACGAAGUUGGCAGAAUGCUAAUUUUGAAAGUCGAAGCCCUCGUGUGUACCGAUGAACCUUACACACAGUCCCAGGAAGCGGAAGUGGAGAGUUUGCUCCAAGAUGCGGAUCCUGCCUUCCCCCUCAAACCAUCCUGGAAGGACAAGUGGUCUAUUUUGAAAGAGUGGCGUUUUGAACCGGCUUUUUGAUUACAGCGUCAGUUGUCGAAAAAAGACGCACUCUCGUACCGUGCACACCUUUUUUUCGUUGAAAAAUCGAAGCAGAAACCUUGAUUAUAUUCCCCGUAUGAGAAAUUUAAAUUCAUGCGAGGCAUUCACCCUAAGUCCCUGUAGCCGUAAUUAUAAUCUCUUAACAAAUUUAACCGAUGCAGUAAUGCUUAAGGUAACCUUGAAAAUUGUAAUAGGAAGCUUGGUUCCAAACAAGACUUCCUUAUACAGUAUUUUCCCCGAAGUCUCUUGUAACCAUUUUUUCCAGUUUAUCCCAUUAUAGUAGUUAAUUUUGUUGGAAAUUAUUUGAAGAAAAGAUGUUGCUUUCGAGUCAACGGAGAUAAUUAGGGCGUGGGUCUUUACUUUACUCAUCAGGCAUAGGUUGCUGGGCAAAUAUCAAGCAAAAAGAUUUAGGCAUGCUUUGAUGUUUUCUUCGUGUGUUUGUUACUUGAGUAAAUGGGGUUUUCUUUUUGCCUCGUCAUUGGUGGUGUGUUUCUCUUAUUCUGUCUCCAUCUUGGGCCGAAACGGGAUGAAUUGAAUUAAACGCUGAUGAUCAACGCGGAAUAUUUCUUGGCGACGG